AGAGAAAGACAAAAAGUAGAUUCAGAUCUUGUUCCUUUUUGUCGUUUACGUAGCUUUUCUUGGAGCUGCAUUUUCUACGUACCCUAAUCAUUAACACCCCUUUUACCGUUGCGAUGAACAGAAUGAAGAGAUCGACGAGCCGCUUUCGUUCUUUGGUUCAUCAAAGUGUUGUUUCGAACUUGGAGGGACAAGGACAGCAAUGUGGAUCUUCGACCAGCAGUUCAAAACCAGCAGCAGGAGCUGUUGUACUGCUCCGAGGUCAAGAACUACAAUGGCCUGCUAUUACACGACGAAAUACACGAGCUCCAACAGCAAUAGCGGAGCAAUGUCGUCAAGGAGCUUGUCGCUCCAUUUGUUCCAUCUCAGCUCGACGGCUUUUUCCCAGGCUACAUCACCAUCGCCAUGAAUCUAAUCGUUCAAAGCACCGAACGGAAAUAAAGGCGGCCAGACAGAGCGAUGAACGUGCUGAAAAAAGGCGCGAACAAGAACUCGCCAUCAAAGAUCCGGAUGUCUUUAAGAGGCAGGGAGGAGGCGGUCAUUAAGAGACGGCAAGUAGUUUGUAACUCGGUGGACUUCGGAGUUCCAUUCUACUUGUGGUACUUUUGUAGGUCAAUAUCAAUCUAACUAAAGAAUUUGAAUUACUAGAACUAGAACGAGCAAUCUACGUACUAUGCUGCAAAAAUGCAACGACGACGGACAGUCACAGUACUAGAUCUCUCCUCGUUCAUUCUCCAGAGACCACCAACUCUAACUCAGUCGUGCUGUUGUAGUGCAAAGAAGUAGAUUCGAGCUGCCAGAGGCACCGGCUUCGCGGAAUAGACGGCCUAAAGCUUCAUCGCGCAGGGCAUCGUUGCUGCCAGAGCGAGCACAACAAAGGUCGGUGGGAGACGUCACAGAUUCAGAGAUACUUAAGGAACUGGAAAAAAAUUUCAAAAAAAAAAUCUCGAGUAUGCGAUUUCCUUUUUUCUCUCGCACAGGCAAGAGAUGGAAUGUGACCAUUUUUCUAGACUAGUCAUUCCAUACGUCGAGCAUUCUAAGAUGCGCGCCAUUUUCCCCGCAGACGAUCUGGCAAAAAUACGGCCAGCACCCAAGCAACUCGUGAAGAGACCGCACUUGUGGAUACAGGAAGAAGGAGAGAGAUACGGAAGAACAUCCGAAGAAGACGAACUAGCCUGUUUCUCUGACGAAGGAGACGAAGGCGAUGUUGGUAGUAUCGAGGCUGAAAUGGAAGCCUGUAAAAACGAGUUGAAGAGGAUAGAGGAGGAUGGAGAACAAGAAGGUCGUGGAGGAGGUUCCACUUGUUCAAGGAGUGGAGAUUACCUCUCGACGUCUUCAACUACAAGUUUGUCUUCAGAGGAAAGACGUGAUCUGCUAGAAAACCAAGAUGCUGGACCAGCAUCAACGGGCACCUUGAAACUUUCCGAUGUUGGUAGAUUUCAACGUUUUUCGCGUGAUGACCUACUCGAACUCCUUCCUGAGGGUCUUAGUGGAGAGCUGUCUCGAGAUGUGAUUUUAGUUCCUUCUCAAACCAGGCCUAUCGGCUUCAUGCUACGCAAGGCAACCAUGGAAAUUUUAUCUCAAAUGGAGUAUCUCCGAAAAAAUCCUGCGGCCAUGGCCUCCCGUCCGGGUUGGUUGUUAGAGGGGAAGAAAGGCUGCGGAAAGAGUGCUGUCUUGAACCACAUUGUAGCAAUGGCUCGACGGAGCGGCUGGCUCGUCAUAUUCGAACCUUUUCCAGCAAACUAUGCGAAAGAAAUCGGGGAGAUUGCACGAUCUAGUGGUAGUGGCAUUUAUGUGCAGAAUGCGCAGGCAAGGCGGUUUUUAGAGAGGACGCAGAUCAAGAAUCACGAGAUGUUUGAGCAAAUUGACGUGGACUAUACCAUUUACGGAGAGUUAUGCAUCAAAUUACAACUGGAUGGAACCCGAGUUGUUUUACAUGUUAGAAAAUUCAAAUUAUAGAGUUAAUAGAUAUGCGCAUACGUCGUGCAUGAUCGCAUGUUGUGCUACUGCUACUCGAAAAUUUGAAUUAUUGAGUUAGAUACGCGCAUACGCGUUCUUCUAAGACGCAGGCGUAGCGUAGACGGCGAAAGGUCACAGCCGAAAACUGGAAGGAUACCUGAGCUCUACAACGAUUUGAUCGCCAAAGCGGUAGAAAAAGACUUGGAAGCUGAGGAGGCUGGUGGGGCUUUUUCGUUUAUGGUCUGGUGGAUGAGUAUCUUGUUCUUGUUAUCUAAUAUCUUUAUCUGUCUGUCUCUCUUUGAGUGUUUUCAGUUUCACGGGGGGGGGCUCGAUUGAGUGCCAUGUGCCUUUGUUCCAUAAUUUAUCCAUUGCAGUGUUGUUCUUGGUUGAGUAUGUUGUCCCUUUGUUCCAGUGUUGUUCUUGUCUUCCUGAAAAACGAUCGUUAGCACACAGAAAGAGACACAAGGAGCACACCUUCAACAAACGAGAACUCGAACUCCUCUACCUCUUCUACCUCCUGUUGCAACCUCUACCUUUCGUUGCUCCUUUUAUCCUUUCUCCUUUCAAACUUUCGUUGCUCCUUUUAACCUUUCGUGGCAAUUGAUUCCUCUACCCUCUCUACCCUCUCUACCUUUCGACUCUACCUUUCUACUCCUGAUCUCCUUUACUCCUUGUUUUCGUUGCUUUCAUACUCCCCUCGCUCACACAGCGAAGGCAAAGGCUGUCCCUGUGGCAUGAAUACCGAAGAGAGGUAGAGCUGCCCUCUAUGCGAAAGAAGCUGCCGAAUCCUUCGACGCUGGGUGAUAUCGUGCAGUUUGUUAAGGCUUCCCCAAAUUCAUCUUAAUCUUAUAAUAUAGCGCCGGCGCUUAGUUAGUUUUAGCAGUUAGCAGGAUACUUUAGGAUACUUGUUGAUAGUGGCCCUUUUCUCUUUUAUAUCUUCCGCUGGUCUGUCUUUUUUCUAGUUAGGUCGGCUCCACCACAAAUAUAAGAAGCAUCUACUUUGCCACGCUUUCAACGGGAAAAAACCCCAAAGAUGCGCUUCAAGAUGAAUUAAGGGAAGGUCUAACUUUGGCAUAGACAACGAAACUUGGGCAACCCAAGCUGUCGCAGAACUGUUUGUUAAGUGCUGGACUAGUUAUUAUUUUCAGUAGCUUCUGAUGUUUUUGUGCUGGACUGGUGUGCUGAGCGGAGCUGGAGUUCCCCUUGAUUCAAUAGAGGGAAAUAAGGGAGGAAAAGGGCAACUCAGUGAACCAGGCACAGAGAAAAACUACCUUUAAGUUUGAGCAGUUGAAAGUGCAAGAAAAGUUCCCUCUCCUCAUAGCAGUAGAUGAGUGGAAUGAGUGCUUCCCGGUAUCAGACUACGUAUCUGUGCGGUACGACGGAACUAGGUUCGGAGGUUAUAUACCUUAUGGGAUGAUAAGAUUGCUUCCUACAUCAGUUGUUUCAUGUUUACUACCUUGCCGCUGAAAAGUAAAAGUAUGAUCGACUUUGUACAGCUAUAUCUCUACAUCCAAAUCCUCCAGUUACGGAGUUGUUUUAUAUUAAAGCUGAAUUGUGAACUUCAUCGCCACUCGAACUUGCUCUAUUGACUGCAGCUCCCCUGCCGUCCCUCCUGCCGUCCCAUGAUGCAGUCCUGCUUUUUCUAACUCCUAGCGUACCACUUGUCCAUGCCUCGGAACUUCGUUCCCUUUGACGGAUGCAAGUACAAACGAGGCUUAAAGUUGUACGCCACCUCUUGUUAAGGCUCACACUACUACUCCCGAAAAGAUCAAGAUCAUGAAAGAAUUGCUUUGAAAAUGAGCUCUAAUCUUGGUACCGUAUGAACCGUAGGGACUGGAAACCAGAACUUCUGCAAGUGAGGCCAGAAAAUGUCAAGCAAAUCCGAGAAUUCAGUCCAGACGAAUUCGCGAGCUAUUGUGCGUAUUGUCGUUAUGAAGCGGGUGCCUGAUGAUAGAAGAAAUUAUACUUCCACAUCAUUUCUACUUCUAGUAGUAACAUCUUCCAUUACAACUAGUACCUAGUGCUCAUCAUUUCUAGUAGUAACAUCUUCCAUUAUUGAUGUUACUGGAGGGAUAUCAUUGAAUUCAAACGUUCAAUGGCUAUUCUCCUACUUAGUCUUAGAUGAAGAAGCGUCCACUAUUCGCAUUCAAUGGCUAUUCUCCUGGAUGAAGAAGCGUCCACUUCCUCCGCUGGUCCUCUAAGUCCCUCUCCAGAACAUCACGCAUAACUUUCCGCGAGAGAAACUGGAAUAUUUCUGGAUGCUAACGCAAGGCAACGGUUGGCAAGCGCGUCGGAUUCUUAGCACUUUGUACUGAUUCAGUACGAGGAGUAGAUUUUUCUCGAUUCAUCGUCGAUGACUAAAAUAAAUACUCAUCAGGAGAACUCAUGAUAUUCACACGACGUGGACUUGUUGACAAUUUCAGCUAUUCACUACUAGUACUGACUGAAGAACUCUCUUGAAGAAGAUUCCGAACAACAACCACAUCCUUGAGCAGAUGAAUCCUACGUUAAGAUCCCGCCAGAGUAAGUAGAAGAAGAGUUCAUUUUUCAAAGACAAAGAAGAUCACGG